AACGCGGAAGCUGCCGGCAGAGGCACAGGGGAAACCACACCGCCCGGCAGGCUGCAGGGAGAGCUAAAUCCGAGGCUGUAACUCGAAGCUGCCAGAGCGCAGCCGGGGGAGACACCCGGGAAGCGGCCAAAUACGCAGCCUGCCAGCGAGUUCUCAAGUCCGACAUUUCGUUGACCAAAGUUGGCCCUCCUGCUCGGGGCGGAGGGGGCGCGGGCCCGCUGACGUCAGCCAGGAGCAGAUAAGAGGUGCUCUCGCCGCCGGAAGGAGCAAAGGGGAUCCUGCGGCGGUCCGAGCGAAGCUGCGCGUCUGGAACUCUCAAGCGUUAACGGUGAAACUGCCCUUGGGAGCGGAGCUGAAGUCCGCGGUGCGGAGGUUACCCCAGAAUAGCCAUAAGCAUGCCACAAAACGUGCUUCUUCCCGGACCUCCGCCUUGGGGCUUCAGGCUGUCGGGAGGAAUCGAUUUUAACCAGCCAUUAAUUAUAACCCGGAUAACACCAGGAAGUAAAGCUUCACAAGCGAAUCUGUGUCCUGGUGACAUCAUUAUAGCUAUUGACGGUCACAGCACAGAAAACAUGACUCACAAUGAUGCCCAGGAGAAAAUUAAAGCAGCAGGCCAGCAACUCUGUCUGAAAAUUGAGAGAGCAGAGACUAAAUUGUGGUCUCCACAAGUAGCAGAAGAGGGCAGACCGCAUCCAUUCAAAAUAAACUUGGAAGCUGAACCACAGGAUAUAGGCUACUUUGAACACAAACAUAAUGUUCGACCUAAACCUUUCGUAGUCCAAAGCCCAAGCAGUACUCCCUCCGGUUUUGAUGGCAGCAGUGGACGUAGCACUCCCUCUUCCAUUAGCACUGUUAGCACUAUCUGUCCUACUGAGUUGAAAGCUGCAGCUAAGAUGGCCCCCAACAUUCCCUUAGAAAUGGAGCUUCCUGGUGUCAAGAUUGUGCACGCUCAGUUUAACACUCCUAUGCAGAUAUAUUCAGAUGACAAUAUUAUGGAAACACUGCAAGGGCAGGUUGCUACAGCACUUGGGGAAACACCCUAUAUAAGUGAGCCAGCACCAGCUGCAGUGCCUCAGUCUGAUGUUUAUAGGAUGCUACAUGAUGAUCCUCAAGGACCCAGCGAACCACGGCAGUCCAGUUCUUUUAAAGUGCUCCAAGACAUGGUCUCUGAAGAAUCUGAAAGUCGUCCCAGUGGGACAAGGAGUGUAAGAGCACCCGUCACAAAGACAGGUGCUGGUGCAGGAAGUGUGCCAAAAGUGCCUUUGUGUGACAAGUGUGGAAAUGGCAUUGUUGGCACAGUAGUAAAAGCCCGUGACAAGUACAGGCACCCAGAAUGUUUCAUCUGUUCCGACUGCAAUCUCAACCUGAAGCAGAAAGGUUACUUCUUUGUGGAGGGGCAGCUAUACUGUGAAACUCACGCCAGGGCUCGCAUGAGGCCCCCGGAGGGUUAUGAAGCUGUCACCGUUUACCCCAAGGCUUAACUGUUUGGAGAGACACAUGCCUGCAUGCACGCCCAGGGCAUUCUCAGCUUACAGCAGCUCUAGGGCUAAUGGCCUAAAUCCAGCAAACUGCUCUUUGCGAGGGGGAGGGGAAAGGAGGAUAGGAUGGAGGGCUCAGGGAAAAGGAUUGGGGGUUUUAGUAGACCAUUCUGGGUCUGGAAUAGGGGAUAGGCUUUUCCAAGACUUUAUCACAAUGUCUGCCAGCGUAAUCUGACAGGAGUAAACAUAAUAGAUUGUACUACAUUAAGCAAAAUAAGUUCUUCCACAUGGGUUAUAUUUUUUUCAGAUGUUUGCACACACAUUACUAAAAAA